AUGUCUCAUCGGAGUGGGCAAGAAGAUCCGGAGCGGUACCUGUUUGUGGACCGCGCAGUUGUGUACAACCCGGCAACGCAGGCCGACUGGACGGCCAAAAAGCUGGUGUGGGUCCCCUCGGAGCGCCAUGGCUUUGAGGGGGCCAGCAUCCGGGAGGAGCGGGGCGAGGAGGUGCUUGUGGAACUGGCGGAGAAUGGUAAGAAGGUGGUGAUCAACAAGGACGACAUCCAGAAGAUGAACCCGCCCAAAUUUAGCAAGGUGGAGGACAUGGCUGAGCUCACCUGCCUGAACGAGGCCUCGGUGCUGCACAACCUGAAAGACCGAUACUACUCUGGACUCAUAUAUACAUACUCUGGCCUUUUCUGUGUGGUCAUCAACCCCUACAAGAACCUGCCCAUCUAUUCAGAGAACAUCAUCGAGAUGUACAGAGGAAAGAAGAGACAUGAGAUGCCCCCGCACAUUUAUGCCAUCUCUGAGUCGGCAUACCGCUGUAUGCUUCAAGGUAAAGUUGACAGUUGA